CUAUGCGAUACUCUGGGAAACUGGCCGUAUCAAAGGAGGCAGUUAUGCUAUUUAAAGGCUUGAUGGUCACGCGCGUCAUGCCCUCAUUCUACAUCUUUGUAAUGCUCUUUAGUUUGCCCCUGAACGCUUUGGCCUUGGUGACGUUCACCUGUAAGAUUCGAGUGAAGAAACCAGCGGUGAUCUACAUGUCUCACCUGGCGUGUGUGGACCUGCUCUUCACCCUGCUGCUGCCUCUGAAGAUCCACUACCAGCUGAACGCUUCAGAUUGGGUGUUCGGUGAGGUGGCGUGUCGUGUGCUCACUGCAGCUUACUACUGCUACAUGUACUGCUCCAUACUGCUGGUAAUGUGCAUAAGUGUAGACAGACUGCUGGCCGUGGCGCUUCCCAUCGCCUCUCUAACCUGGAGGAGCCCAAGGAAAGCCACAUGCGUAUGUGUGCUGGUCUGGCUGCUGGCGCUCGCUGGUACGGUGCCAACUCUCUUAGUGAGACAAACUGCCAAUGUCAAGAAUGUGGGGGUCACCUGCUUUGAUGUGCUGCAAAGACAUGGCUUUUCAAUGCAGUUUUACUUGUACUUGUUCUCCAUCAUUCCCUGCAUCUACUUCUUCCUGCCGCUGGUUGUCAUCUUGGUGAGCUACUCUAUCACCGUUUAUGUGCUCUGUGUCAAACCUACUCGUUUAACAACAUCAUCUUCUUCCUCACACAAGGAAAGAAGAGCCGUGAUUAUGGUAACUGCUGUGUUGAUAGAGUUUGUAAUGAGUUUUGCACCAUCCAAUGGCACCCUGUUGUACCGCUAUGUUCAUUUAUCUACUGGAGGAAACAAAGCAGUAGAUACCUUUAAGAUUUACUUGUUGGUUGUGUGUUUGGGGAGCUCAAGUGUUUUUCUGGACCCUCUGCUGUACUAUUACGGCUCGUCUCAGUACAGACAGAAAAUCUGCUCUGCUUUGAGAUGCAGGGAGGCAAAAAGAGCAAACACAUGAUAGUGAUGCCAGGAAAAAUAAAAUAAUUAAAUUUAAUUAGACACUUUGUAACUUAAAUAAGACAUUUAAAACAAAUUACAUUUUAAAAAGUUUUAAUUGUCAUAAUAGAAAAGUAAAUUUUCUAAAAAUUCUUCUUAAGAGCAAAAUCAACUAAAAAUAUAGCUGCAAGCAGCAAUUACGGGGCCAAGCACAAAGAGCAUGAUAAGCCAUGCCAACAUGGCUGUGAGCGUCAGACCAGCUGCAACAAUAAGCAAGUAACAACAUUUUAAGAUGAUUUUAGGCAAAUUGGCUGAAAAAACAUAAAAACAGUCAUUAUGAUUGAAAUAUGAUUGAAAGAUUUAUCAUAGUCGACCAAUUGGUGUCGCUGUGACCAAACUGAUGUGGAGUAAGGUUACAACAAAACAUGCAAAGUUUGGUGUCGAUAGGGCAAAGCAGUGCAGAAAUACAGCUUCAGAGACAUUUUGGCAUCAUGCCUCAAUUGUGUUGCUGCGCUUUCCAAAAAUGGUUUUGUCUAUCAGCACAAAAUCCAUAACUUUUUGCCAGCAUGGUCUGAAGGUGAUCUGACUCAAAUUUGGUGAAAAUCGGUCUAGGUGGAGUUUUAAAAAGUAGUUUUGAAAAAGCUUGGCCAAAUAUGGCAAUAUUGGUAUAUCUAUGUUCUCUGCAUGACCCAAGGAAUCUAUUAAGACCAUUGACAAUAGGUUAAAUAGGUCAAAAGCUAUCAGCAUUUUUCAAAAUUUCAUUAUAACAUUUGAC